AUGGAGGAGAAGUCAAGCGAUGAAGAUAAAAGUGAUUCGGAGAUAUUAAAUGAAUGUCAAAGAGAGUUACAAGAAUUGGAGAACCGGAAAAACGGAAAACGUACGCGAGAGAGUGAAGACGGCAGUGAAGAUGGUUUUAUAACAGUCCAAAAGAAAAGUUCAAAACGUUUGAUUAGAAGUUGUUCUACGGAAAAUAUGUCAUAUAUGGAUUCUAAUGUAGUUGUAAACAGAAACAUAAAUAGUAAUUAUACAACAGAAAAAGAAAAAUAUGAAGUUUGUUUAUUUUCACAACAAAUUAUGCCGAAACAGAUGGCUUUUGCUAGAUUUUUGAGGAAUGAAUGUAUAGUUAACGAGAAUAAGAAGAAAGAGGAAACUGAAGUUAUCACAAUAAAUAGCAGCAAGAAUAAGAAUAAAAAUACAGUUAGAACAUACAGCAGCGUAGUAAAAAGUACAGUGGAAGUACAUUCAGUAAACAUUCAAGAUAAGGAAAAUAAUUUGAAUAGUGAUGCAACAAAAAAAUCUAAUCCUACAAAGAAAAAAAGAAAGAAAGUAAUUAAGGAUAAAAUACCAAACACACAGGAGGAAACAUCAAUGGAUUGUGAAGAUUCGAGCUCAGAGAACGAAGAUAGUAUAGAUAAGAUAACUGAGAAAGAUGAAGAUAAAGAAAAAAGCAGAAAGUUUAACAUCCGUGACUUGAUUUGGAAAUUAAAAGAAAUUUUUAUGUCAGAAGAUAAGUUUGAAGAUAAAAUCCUUAUGGUUUUGAAGACGAUUUUGAAACGUUUAACUAAUAGGCGCAUUCCUUUACUAAGAUUAAAUACUGGUCCAACAAACAAAUUUAAACCAAGAGAAUUCUGGUGUUCAUCUUUAUCUAAAUUAGUGGCAGAACGAAGACUGGCUUUGGGGAAUUUUAGAAGAAAUCCAACUCCUGAUAAUCUCGAAAUAUUGGAGAGCAAAGUUACGGCGGUAAGGGAACAGCUUUGGUUGGCGAAAGGUUGCAGUUGGAGGAAUUUUUGUGGAAGUAUUGAUGAGUGUACAUCUAUCUUAGACAUGUGGAACAAGAUGCAAUGGUUUAAAGGACUUCGGCAUACCCAGCUCUCGGUUCCAGAUGAUAAACAAAAAGAAUUACUUCGAUCUCUAACUCCAGACUCUGUGUCUAAUUGCGCCCCUACUUUAAUUUCAAAUAAUGAUCUUCUCGAGACUCCUUUUAUCUUACAAGAAUUAGAAAGUUGUUUAAAGAACCGAGACACUGCUCCAGACAAACAUGAAAAUGAACAUGAAAAGGGAGACGUAAUAAGUCUUCUAAUUCUGCCUGUCUUAGAAAAAUGUAAAAGAUGCAAUUGGAAG